AUGGCACGACGCUCGUCAGCCAGGAUCCGUGCGAAGCAGUCGACCACGCCACAGGCGCAGAGAGUGUCUGACAUGGGUGUUGACAGCGAUGCCAUCAAGACACAGCGCACCGCUCCCAAACUAUCCGUCGUCGACGAACACGAUGAGCCGCAACCUACACCAACCAGAAGCGCCCAGACACCACGCGACGGCACCCCUAUACAACCCAGCGCGCAGGAAAUGCAUCCCCAGAAAUACCAGAUGAGCACAGCCAAGCCGCUCGACGAAGCACGAUGGCUGGGUUUCAGCAGCAACAAGACCAGCCAGCAGACGCCCACCAAGACUCCCAAAGCCCCACAGAACAUCAUGGACAACGCUCCCGACUUCAGCUUCACCUUCCAGCGCCCUACCUUGAGCCUGAGCCCACAGGCCCGCGCAUUGAUGGACGAGACAAGAGGGGAGGCGGCAAAGAUCCGGAUCGAGAUGCAGGCCACACAGAAGGGCCAGCCGUCAGCCAGCGACGUACUGGGCCGUAAGAUUGCUACACCCUCGGGCAAGGUCAGCCGCUUCAGCGACGUGCACAUGAAGGCUUUCAAGAAGAUGGACUCGAUCGCCGACCAUCCUUCGGCCUUCCGCGCCAGAGACAACAGGCCAUUGGCCACCGACAAGCCAUCUGCACUCAAGCGCUCGCCAUCCAAAGCCGAGCUUGAGCGUCCAUCCUCGUCCUCUUCAUCUACCUCGCUGCCUCGUCCUGCAUCGCGCGACAAUCUCGACGCAGGUCCGGCCAAGCGUAUCAAGCGUGCUGCCGACGAAGAUGCUACGGCUUCGCGCCCCAAUGCAACNCCCAAGCCUACUCUCAAGAGUGCCAUGAAGACGAAUAUGACACCUCGCUCCAUCAAGCCUCCUCAGUCGAUACUCAAGUCGGCCAAAUCCGUCCGUCGUACCACUAUGAUCCCAUCUUUCCAACGCAGUCCUGUCAGGCCCAACAUGGCCAGUGCAAGCAUCCAGCAUGAGCAGGCUCAAGACAAGCAGAAGGAUCAACGUGCACAGCUUCUGUCAAAGUCUCCGAUCAAGUCUCCAGUCAAGUCGACCAUGGCUGAUCGUAUCGCCCGCUUUGAGCCUGAGGCUCCCGAAAGCCCUCUGCUUAGCCGCAGUCCGGCCAAACACGCAUCCCCGAACAAGGUCCGCGUCGCUCAAGAGUCCCCUGAUGAUUCCUUCAAGAUGCCAUUCCUUGCUCGAUCUCCUGCAAAGAAGAUGGCUGGGGCCCAAGACAUUGAAGACAAGGAUGCACCCAAAGAGAAGCACAACAAACAACCAUUGCUUGCUCGUUCUCCUGCGAAGAUUCCAGUGUCUGGAAGCUCCCUCGACACUGCACAGCAACAAACACCGGGAAAGCCUAGUCUGUUCGCCCGCUUCAACCUGCUACGUCAGUCUCCUGUGAAAUCCAUUUUGCGCACCCCACAGCGCCUGUACUCGGACGAUCCCUUCAAGGUCGCUAAUGGCACUCACUUGUCAACUCCACCCAACGCCAUCUCGAAUGCUGAGAAGGCCGGCCCUCCACCNCCUCCCAAGACAUGCCCUGUCAUCAAGCAUGUCGACUUUUCUGCUUCGACCAAGACGUUAGACCAAGCCGAAGAGACCCCUGACACUCCUACAAAGGCCUCUUCUCCUCCAUCAAAGCCCAAUGAGCAGACUUCUAUUGCCUACCCUACUCUACCUACCACUUCUGACGGAGCCGAGCGACCCAAGAAGGCCUAUCGCCGCAUGACCAUGGCUGGCACUCCUAACGACUUCACGUUCCGCGCUGGUGAGCAAGCUAUUACCUUCGCACCAUCGCCUCGUCGCACCACUUCUCAAGAAAUCAAGCCCUCUAUCCGCUCCGUCGAACAUUCACCCGAGCUUCCCGCAGCCACCGGCACCAAGCGCAAGGCCGACCAUGAGGACUUGAGAAAGGAAGCCACCACAACUACAGCCAGCGACAAGGAAAACGACGAUUCUGAACAGCGUCCUGCAAAGAAGGCCAGAUCCGACAAGCCUGAGCCCACACGCCCAUCCAUUGUCGCCGCUACUGCCAAGACUCCUGUGAAGAAGAUCCCUACAGUGGGCGUCAGACCAAAGUCCUUCACCCAGAAGCCCAAGGAGAAGCGUCCGGGUAUGUUGAGUGCAGCCCGCCUGGCCGCUCUCGCAACCCCCAAGAGACACUGA